GGCGCGAGGCCGCGCCGGGCCGGGCGCUUGUGGCGCCGCGCUCCCGCUGCCGGUGCGGCCCCGGUGAGGCCCCGGUGAGGCCCCGGUGCGCUCCCGGUGCGCUCCGCUCCGCUCCCGCCAUGGCAGCGCCGCCCGCAGCAGGGUUUGCCAGGUAAAGGUCCCUGCAGUCCUCCUCCAGACUGUCUGGUCCAGCUGCCUCUGUCCACAUCCUUCGGGGCCCUGGGCCUGGCUGAAUUCGACUCGUGAAACGCCUCAGCAGGACGUGGACGUCGGGCGUGGGGGCUGUGCAGAGGAGGCUGCACGGCAGUGGGCUGGGACUCGCACAGAAUUCCUGCACGGCGUCACUGAAGUCAAAAACCCGUGUGGCAUCUGUGCAUCCCCAAAGGUGUGGUUUGUGCCACAGGGAGAGGCAGAGCGCGAGGAUCGGGUUUUGUGACGCUGCUGCACGUGCUUGGUUUGGUUUUGGUUUUCUUAUAGGUUUUUGGGCAGCCUCUCUUCUGUUCGUCCGCACAGUGUUUUGUCAGUGUGAGGCCCAGCCUUUCACUGCUGGAAUUCGUAAUUCCAGGGGAAAUCUAUUCCUGUUUAAAUUCGGAGCAGCGCGGGAGGGGAAGAAGUGCCGCUUUUCCUGGAGGCCUGGACCGUGGGCAGAAAUGGCACCAGAGCUGUCAGGCGUGGCUGUGGGCUGCCGUUCCCCCCGGGCCCCGGGGGCCGUUUGUGGCCGGCUGACGCAGUAGCGGCCGCGGGGCAGCCACGGCCGUCUGCGGCGGCGCCAUGGCUCCGGCCGCCCCCGAGGAGGCGGCGGGCUCCUCGGGCAAGCACUACGUGUGCGGGCUGUGCGCGGCCUUCACCAACAUCGCGGUGACCUUCCCCAUCCAGAAGGUGCUGUUCCGGCAGCAGCUGUACGGGCUGCGCGCGCGCGACGCCGUGCGCCAGCUGCGCCGCGACGGGCUGCGCACGCUCUACCGCGGCAUCCUGCCCCCGCUGGUGCAGAAGACCACCACGCUGGCCCUCAUGUUCGGCCUCUACGAGGAUUUCUCGGCGCUGCUGCUCAGCCAGGCCCGCGCCCCCGAGCUGCUGACGCGCAGCGCGGCGGCCGCGCUGGCCGGCACCACCGAGGCCGUGCUCACGCCCUUCGAGCGCGUGCAGACGCUGCUGCAGGACUACAGGCACCACGACAAGUUCACAAACACUUACCAGGCUUUCAAGGUGCUGAAGGCCUACGGGAUGCGGGAGUAUUACCGGGGACUGGUGCCUAUUCUGCUCCGGAACGGGCCCAGCAACGUGCUCUUCUUCGGGCUGCGGGGGCCCAUCAAGCAGUGUCUGCCCGAGGCCACCUCGUACAGCUCUCACCUGGUCAACGACUUCAUCUGCGGGGGGCUGCUGGGCGCCGUGCUGGGCUUCUUGUUCUUCCCUGUGAAUGUCGUAAAGACUCGCAUGCAAGCUCAGAUUGGUGGCGAAUUUCAGUCCUUCUCCAAAGUGUUGGUGAAGAUCUGGCUGGAACGCGACAGGAAGGUGAUGCACCUGUUCAGAGGAGCCCACCUGAACUACCACCGCUCUGUGCUGUCCUGGGGGAUCAUCAACGCCACCUACGAGUUCCUGCUGAAGCUGCUGUGACCCCGUCCUGCUCGUGGGGCGUCAGCACUCAGCGUCCCAGGGAGCAGUGCCUGUGCGUGUGACAGGUAAUUCCUCCCAGCUUUCCGUAUUUAUGGGGUGAAUGGUGAUGCAUUUAAACCUUGGUGCAAUUAUGAUGAACUUCUUAAAGUAUUCCUUUGCCGGCAGGUGAGUUUACCCAUAACAGAGCUACCAGACAAAUACAAGGUGUAAAAGAGGAAGGAAAAGUAGUCUGUAUCACUCCUAGAAUUGUGUUAGGCUCUGUGAUGGGGUGCACUCCACUGCCCAUGUUUAGAACAUGAGAAUCAAGGAGGAGCUGAAGAAAAACAAUUCCAUUGCCUGAUCAUCUUCCCAGCCUCGAUUUUGGAACUGCAUUUUCAGAUGUUUUGGGGUCCUCGUUGUGUAAAGCUCAAAGGACACGUUCAGAAGGGGAUGACUGAGGUGCAGAGCUCCCAGCUGCACCUCAGCUGCUGCAGCCGCCGCAGGUGCGGCCUGUGGUGACCGUGUCCUCCAGCCGUGGCACUGACCUCAGCCCAGGCUGGACCUCCGUGUGUGUAUGUGUGCGUGUUUGUACGUGUGCCUUCCUGGGAAAAGGGAAAAGUGGAAGGAAUGGGACAGCAAACUCACUAAAGCUUUAAAGUGUCCUUCCUCGUUAAAAAACAUGGACUUUGUUCUGCUUCUUCUGAGGACUUUUUUAUUUUUUAAUUGCUGCUUUUUCUGUUGCCGCCAGCUACAGGAUCAGGGAGGUGUCCCUGUCUGUAAGGCUCACAGGACACUCCAGCUCCUGCAGCUGGUCAAGCACUUCACACACGGCUUCUUGCACUGCCACGUCUUGUCUUUACUCAGCUCCCUCUGUGGAAUUACCAAUCACGAGAUGUUUGUACCCAAAACUCGGGGUUCUGCCUGCUUGGUGUGUUCUGUUAAGGGUUCUGCAACACAAGGGUGGCACAGGCAAGGUGAGAGUCCUGGGUUACCUGCUUCAGUGGAGGUCUGUAGGUAUAGAGGAGAUGAGAAGCCAAAGAUGACCUUGGAAGCAGGGAGGCAGGAAAGGUGGAGUGCUUGGAGACGUGUUUCAGGACUUCUGUAGGCAGACAUUGAAAAGGACUGACAGAAACCUGUGUCUCACAGACACGGGAGGUGAGAGAGAGAAGACUUGAGGCUUUAGAUACAGGGACAGAAGAGCGAGCACAACCCUGAUUUAGAUGAGGGUCCCUACGAAAAGUGUUUGAAUCUCCCUGAGGGCUUCCUCUUUAAUUAAACUAUACAUUCACAUAUAAACCAAAACACUGUGGAUGAUGGGGAGCAGCAAAGCUUUCAGAAACUGCUUUGAAUUUAGUCUUGUCUUAAGUCUUGGAAGGGGCUAUUGCUUUUCUGAAUUUGAGUUUUCCAUUUGCUAAAACUGUCUUCCGAAAUUGAUCCUAAUCAGUGUGUUGUAAUCAUACAGUCCCGAGCUUCAGAGACAGCAGUGGGUGGGCACAAGCACGAGUUCCUGUAUCCCAGUGGUGAUUAUCUCCAUCUAAAUAAAAUGUUUACUGGAUGUUUGUUACUGGCAGAAUCUGAUUUUACCGGUGUACCUUUUUUUUUUUUGUAAUCUCUCCUUGAUGGAAUAAAAAAAAAUCUGCAUCCUG